UAUGAAGACACCGCUGAGUCCGGCCCACUUCAUAGAGCAUGGCCGGAUGGCCUUUCCGUUCGGAGGCUGUCUGGAGCUGAAUCAGCUCACAGGGAUGGAGCCUACCACCAACGGCCAGGGUCAGAUAAACAUGGAUCUACAGCUACAGCAGCAGGAGAAGAAGAAGCUGUUCUACUCGAUGUGUGAGGUGUGUAACAUCCAGCUGAACUCCCAGGCUCAGGCCCAGGUGCACUACAACGGGAGGUCCCACCUGAAGAGGGUCAAACAGAUGAACAAUGGGGAGGCUCCGGCACCAGCUACUGGGUCUCUACCCACCUCUACAYUGAGCCUCAGUAGAAGCACCACCAGCAGCAGUACAGGAAGUUCAUGCCAUAGCAACACGCUGCCUGCGCUGGUGCGGACUCCGUCUCUGAUGAUGCAGUCCACUCUGGAUAUGAAACCCUUUAUGCCCUUCCACCAAGUGGACACGUCCUCUGCUGUGGGACUCUUCCCUAAUUUUAACACGAUGGAUCCCGUGCAGAAAGCUGUAAUAAACCACACAUUUGGGGUCCCCAUCCCUCUGAAGAAAAAACAAGUGAUUUCCUGUAACAUCUGUCAACUACGCUUCAACUCAGAUGCAGUAAACAUGCCAAGAAGCUCAAAGCACAGGAGAACACCAAGAAUAAGCCACCCAAGAGUUCCCCUCCUCCUCCUACUCUCCUCCUUCCCUGGACAGUGCAAUGAAAUCACCACCACCACCUCACCCAACUCUGUCAUGGCCCGCAACUCUGACAAAUCAGAGCAAAUCACUGUGCCUCCCAGUGAGGCGGAUAAAACCUUUGCUUCUCCAAAUGCUUUCGUCCCCAUCAUCUCCACCUCCUCCUCCCUGGCAGCAUCAAUGGCCAUGUCCGUCCACAGCCCCUGUAAUCCCGUCAUGUGUGAUCCCACGCCUGCCAGCCCCCCAUCAGCUACACAAGUACAACUACAGGCGCCUGUUAUGAAGAGCAGUGGCAGCAUCAGCACCAAGCCUGGGCUCACGACCCCCACCACUGCCGCUGCUACAGCAACUCAGCCCACGCCAGAGUCGGAGGAGGAAAAAGCCAAAAAGCUCCUGUACUGUUCGCUUUGCAAAGUGGCCGUCAACUCUCUGUCGCAGCUGGAGGCCCACAACACAGGUGUGUUCCAGCAUCUGUUUCUGUUUCAUCACUGCCGUGUUAACGUUAGUGUUACUCCCUCUGAGGAGGGUGUUGUUGUGGCUUCUGUGUGUGUGUGUGUGUGUGU